AUGCCUGUGAUCGUCCGCCCCGCGACUGAAUCUGACCUGCAUCAAGUCAGGGAUAUAUUCGAGCACUAUGUACUCAACACGGUUGUUUCUUUCCUGACUCAGAAACCGUCGCUAGAUUACAUUGCGACCCGUUACAGAGACUCGAUGUCCCGUCAACUGCCGUACCUUGUCGCUGUUGACGAAUCCCAGGAUGGUAAGGUGGUGGGCUAUGCCUGUUCAUCUGCAUUUCGCGGUUACAUGCUUGGAUACGGCCAUACGGUUGAGAUAACUCUUAUCUGCCAUCCGCAAUAUACUGGCCGGGGAAUUGGAAGUCUCCUGAUCUCACAGCUUGUCACAAAUUUGAAAAACGCCACACAUUUGUGUAAAGAGGUUGGCUAUGAGGAUACCCAAGUUGAAUUCAAAGUUAGGAAAGUCAUGGCCAUAAUGGCUAUUGAUGAGACUGCAGCCAACCGAGGACUGACGUUGCGUGACUGGUAUCAAAAAUGGGGGUUUGAAGAAGUGGGGAGGUUAAAAGGGGUUGGGUCGAAGAUGGGGAGAACGUAG